GGAAGUACACAACUUUUCGCGUGUCGAUAUCAAAUUUAAGACGCGACAUCAAAUAUUUAUUAACAAGAUACGUCCAAAAAAUUUUUUGAAAAUGUUCACAUCGAGUGUCGUUUUCGGCGUUUAUCUCCUAAUCGCCAAUGUUACUUCUAAACAAUUAGAUUCACCAAGAUUUAGCGAGCCCCUUUUAAAUGUCACGUCAGCAGUUGGAAGGGAGGCAAUCCUUAAAUGCGACGUUGAAAACUUGGGAGUGUUUAAAGUUGCGUGGCUUCGAGUCGACACCCAAACGAUUCUCACCAUCCAAACUCAUAUCAUCACUAAGAGCGUACGCAUUGGAGUUACGCGAAGUGAACACAAAACUUGGUAUCUUCAUAUUAGGGAGGUUAAGGAGACGGAUCGGGGGUGGUAUAUGUGCCAGAUUAAUACGGAUCCGAUGAUUUACCAGAUAGCUUAUUUAGAUGUUAUUGUUCCCCCCGAUAUAAUAGAUUACCAAACGAGUAAUGAUAUCACAGUCCAAGAGGGAUCUAAUGUAACCUUAAGGUGCAUGGCGAAAGGUUCUCCAAAUCCGACGAUUCUCUGGAGGAGAGAGGAUGGUCGCCCGAUCCAUUUAGGUCAAAAUCACGAAGUGAACAGCGUGGAAGGACCGGUGUUGAAUAUCAACAAGGCGAGCCGUCAGCAAAUGGGCCCAUACUUGUGCAUCGCAUCGAAUAAGGUACCUCCUUCCGUCAGCAAGAGGAUACACCUGACGGUGCAAUUUCCCCCCGCAAUUUGGAUCCAGUAUCAGCUGAUUGGUGCCUACGACGGACAGCAGGUCUCGCUGGAGUGUCAAUCCGAAGCUUUCCCAAAGUCAAUCAGCUACUGGACAAGAGACAAAGCGGACAUUUUAGCUUUCAACGAUAAAUACGAACCGAUCAUCGAGCACACCUUUUACAAAGUUUUCAUGAAACUCGUCAUCAAGAAGUUAGAAGCUACCGAUUACGGAAUAUACAAGUGUGUUUCCAAGAACUCCCUCGGCGAAACGGACGGCACGAUAAACGUUUACAGAAUUCCAAAGCCCACAAUGUCCAAUAAGAACAUCUAUAAUAAAAGUUUGAUAAGCGGGGCUUUCAGUAAUAAUCUCUUAACCUAUCAAUUGGGAUCAUCAACCAGAGGAAAACUGUCAUCGGAAAAUUCUAAUCGAGGGCAUCAAAAUCUAAUAAAAUUAUCAAGUGUCUUUAACAUCUUAUUAUUUUAUUAUUUAAUUUAAAAUGAUAACAAAAAAAUAUUCGUCACAUUUCCUUAGUUGUAAAUAAAUGAUGUAAAAAGCGAUUGUAAUUUAAAUAGGGCUAUCUUCCGAUUUACAAACGCUAUUUUUUAUAAGCUUUUAACUGUAACAUUCAAAAUAAACAAAUAAAAAA